GAGGCGAGCUUGGCUGGUGGUGUUCAGUGAUUUCUCAGAUAACAAGAGCUUCACAUUUCUGUGGAAUUCCCAUUUGCCAGUGAGCUGCUGCUGCCGCUCGCCUGAUUGAUAUAUGACUGCAAUGGCACUUUUCCAUUUGACAUUCUCUCUCCCUCUCUCGCUCCCUCUCUCUCGCUCAAACAACAGCCCUAACUUUUGUGUGUUGCAAAUAUAAAAGGCAAGCCAUGUGACAGAGGGACAGAAGAACAAAAGCAUUUGGAAGUAACAGGACCUCUCUUUCGCUCUCAGAAGAGUGUGAGGGAAGGAAGGAGAGGCACAUUUUCCAAAGGCUUUUGGGGGCGUCAGGACUGUAAUUUAUGUUGUUUUUGUUCCAGCCACAUAGAAGAUUCUUUGAUGGAUUACAACCCCAACAAAACUCCAACUUAAAAAGAACAAUGACAACCAAGACACUUAAACCAGGUUUUUCAUCUGCCUUGAAAGGAACUGAGUCCCAGUAUUUAGAGUUCUUUUAAUACUCUACCUCCCUCUGCUGUUAUUAUUGAGAAGUUCUUCAGCAAUGGGAAAUCAUGUACUAGCGGCUUCAAUUUCCAUGCUCUCCCUUCUUGCAAUAAUGGGAGACACAGACAGUAAAACGGACAGUUCGUUCAUGACUGACUCAGACCCAGGUCGCUGUAUGAGGCAUCAUUAUGUUGAUUCCAUCAGUCAUCCCUUGUACAAGUGUAACUCAAAGAUGGUGCUGCUGGCUCGCUGUGAAGGACGCUGCAGUCAGACAUCACGCUCUGAGCCGAUGGUCUCCUUCAGCACAGUCCUAAAACAACCAUUCCGUUCUACCUGCCACUGUUGCCGGCCCCAGACCUCCAAGCUGAAAGCCAUGAGGUUGCGCUGCUCAAGUGGCAUGAGGCUCACUGCUACGUACCGCUACAUCCUGUCCUGCCAUUGUGAAGAGUGCAACUCCUAGGGGGACACCAGUUGCAAUGAGGAGAGGGGGGACACUGGUCCCAGAAAGCAAUCACAGCCACUGAGAGCUCACCAGUACACUAUUAAAGUAUUCCCACAACCAGGACUCAUCAAGCUGGGUUGGAUUUGCGAGGUAGAAAAUGAAAGACACCAGGGCCCUGGAUUGUGCUGAUUGUGAAAACAAAGACAUCCAUCUGCUGGUCUGUGCUGAAGGCAAAACCCUGGAGACAUGAACCCUAUUUUCCCCCUGAAAGGAUACUUUGGGGGGUAUGUUUUCAGGCUCAGCCUUUCUUCUGCUCUGGGAGUUUUGAAUAAGGACUGAUGGGAGUUUUAUUUUUUUUUUUUUUUGCCAGUGAACAAUAAAGACACAGAGA